AUGGUUCUCUUAGACUUGGUCGCCGGCGGUGGACUGAUAGAUGACGAGGACUUCGCGAAAGCGGCUACCGCGCGUCGCGCGCUCACAGAGAAUGACCCGAACAAAGCUGAAUAUGAUAAGUUUGAGGAUAUGACCAAGAUUAUCUGUGAGAUUAAUGGAGAGUGGGAAGGGAGGGAAUGUUUACGAGGUUAUACCUCGCUAACCGACUGA